AAGAAUUCCGAAUAUUAGCAGGUGCGCGUUGGACUUUCCAAAUAUAGUAACAAUUAAUUAGAUGACGUCAUCAGCAGCCAUAUUACUCACAACAAAUUGACUGGGAAGUGAAAAAAGAAUAUACAUAUUUAUUUUAUCGGCAAAAAUGAGGGAAUACAAACUGGUGGUUCUAGGCAGUGGUGGUGUCGGAAAAUCUGCCUUAACAGUUCAAUUUGUUCAAGGAAUAUUUGUGGAGAAAUAUGACCCCACCAUAGAAGAUAGCUACAGAAAGCAAGUAGAAGUUGAUGCACAGCAAUGCAUGUUGGAAAUUCUAGACACCGCAGGCACUGAACAAUUCACAGCCAUGAGAGAUUUAUACAUGAAAAAUGGCCAGGGAUUUUUGUUGGUGUACUCAAUAACGGCUCAGUCCACAUUUAAUGACCUUCAAGAUUUACGAGAACAGAUUCUACGAGUGAAAGACACAGAAGAGGUACCCAUGAUCCUGGUUGGCAACAAGUGUGACCUUGAAGAUGAAAGGGUCGUCGGUAAGGACCAGGGUCAAAACCUUGCCCACCAGUGGGGUUCAGCAUUCCUAGAGACGUCGGCCAAGGCAAAAAUCAACGUCAAUGAGAUUUUCAAUGAACUUGUAAGAAUGAUUAACAAAAAGGACCCCGGGAGCAAGCGGAACAAGGGCAAUGAUAGCUCCUCCGGUUGCUGUUGUGUGAUGCUGUAAGCUACAUGGACACUUUUGCAAACUUGAAUGGGUCCAAACUAAAUACCGAGUUUCAAUGAAGGGCACUGGACUGACAGUUGGUUGUUGCUGAAACUUUUUUCUGUUUUUACAACUCUUUUUAUCUUUUUAAGUCUUGAAUAUAAAUGUGAGAAUUGUACACAGGUUUAGGACAGAAAUAUGUUACCACAAUGAGACUGGAACAAUUUUUCCCUUUUUGAAGAUUAGGGUGUAUUUAACUUUUCACUUGUCCAUCAGUUGAUUUUACUGUCGGUCCGUAGACCAUUGUGUUUUCCCUAAAUAUCUUGCAAAUGCUUUUUUUCAAGAAACAUUAAGUUGGUAAGGUAUGCAGGCUUUUUUGAAGGAAAGGAGGACACCCAAUGAUUUUGAGGUCAACAUUUUAUGGUCACAAUGAGAGAAAGAUAACUAUCAAUUUUGAGCUCUUAGGUCACUGGGUACUGUAAACUGAAAUUAGAUUCUUUAUGAUUUAUUCAAAAUAUUUGACCUACAUGUAUGAUUAUCGAAAUUGGUAUGCUAGUUACAGAUUUAAAGAGAAAUAUGCACCAGCAAUUAUAGAAAAAUCUGUAACAUCCAUGUAUUCUAGGUAUUGACGAAUUGGCUGCAAGUCGAAAGGGGUCUUACAUAUUUUUCAACAAUAAUCGACUAUUUAAUUUUAAUUUCUCUUUGGUAUAAUUGAAUAUAUGACAUUUCUAGUGUAAAUAAAUUAACUAUUUACAGUUUUAAAUUGUUAUUAAAUUGUGUUUUUUUAUGAUUUUUUUAUUAUUUGUAUUUCCAUGCUUACUCUGGAAAACAAAAUAAUCUUAAACAUAAUGGGGAUCUUCCAAAAUAUUUGCUUAAGCAUUAACAAAUAUUGCAUUGAUAAAUUAUUGAUGUUCCAAUAGUGCUUUAACUUGGGUAAUAUUUUUAUUGAAUCUCAAAAUUACUGAUACUAUGAUGAGAAUGGUUAUAAAAGAUGUAAUUUUUCUUAUCUGCUUAAUUUUAAUUCUUUCAUUUCCACAUUAUUUCCCCAAGGCAAUCUAUUUAUCUCGUCAUUGCAAUUAUAACAUUCAGGAACAAUAAUACAGCCCUGCUUUUAGCAGGAUAUCUAUGUAAUUUUAAUUAAACAAAACAAUAUGAUAGACUUUAACACAAUAUAUCUUAAUGGGCUUUUCACCAGAUUUGUACAUUGAAGAUAUUCCCAAUCUUUUACAAGUAAUAUGCAAUUAUGCAAAUAUUUUCAUAUAAAACUAGUUGUGGUCAGGUACAAUCCAUGUUUUGUGUCAAGAUAGAUUUAUUUCAAAUGAAAGGGUAUUCUCAUCAAAAGACAUGUUAUAAUGUUUAUUGUCGUUUCCGCUAAAAUUAUGAUACGGAAAAUCAAAACAACAUAGAAAACACAUGGAUGUCAAAUAACGACACAACCACAUUAUUAAGGACACUAUCUUGGGUUUGUAGCAUUGUUGGGAAUAUAGUGGAAAAAUAGUUUUUAUUUAAUUGUAAUGGUUGAGAUUUGGUUUUAUUUUAUGUACAUGUAAUCAGUUAUAAUACCAUUAAAAGCUAUGAUAAUAAUUCAGAGUGUGUGAAUACAUUAACUAAACGUUGCAUUUUAUUAUGUGUAAUGGAAGUAAAAAAUCAAAUUAUAGAUGUUGACCCUAUUUAAAAAAAAUAGUAUCACUUCUUAUGUUUACAUGUAUUUGAAGGUGUUAUUUGAAGACAAAUUUGGAAAAAAUACCUAUUACAUGUAUUGGGGCAAAAUAUCCAAAACUGCUGCCCCUUUAAGGAAAAGUCAUGAAUUAUGUGCAUAUUUUUAACAUACAACUACUAUUGUUUGCAGAAUGUUUUCUUAAUAUCUCACUUUUUCUCUUACUUCAAGUUUAUUUAAAUUGAUUUUACAUGUACUAUUGUCAUCCUAGUCACAUUUUGUCAUUUGAAGAUAUUUUAAAAAUGUCAAACGAUUCACACCUGUUAAAUAUAACUUAAGCUAUCUAUUUUUGAUAUGUUCACAGAAGAUUUGAUUUAAAAAUUAAGUAUUUGUAUUUAUAUUUUAAUAACACUUUAAGUGCACUGACAUUAAACAUGCUUGCAUUAAGUGAUUUUCAUUGACAUGUCUUUCAGACGUUUAUGAUGAGAAAUGAUCUUUUACCGUUCAUUUUUUUUAUUAUAUUUAAAAAUAAGUCUACACCCAAACAUGGUAGAGAUGGAAUAUAAUUUAUGCAGUUGUGAAAGACACCUUUACUUUGUCACUAAUUUGCGUGUAUUGGCCCUUUUGAUCUUUUCUGGUGAAAAAAAGUUAGUAAUACUUGUGUAAUCUGUUAACCUUUUGAUGGCAUUUAUGAUUUUAGACAUUGGCAUUUGCUGUAUGCCUUGAAAGUUGUACAUGUAUUCUUUUCUGCUUAUUUUUUAUCUACACAACAGUGUUCAUGUGUCAAAAGAUUACCGUAUUCGCAUAAAAUGGGUUUCCACAUCUUUAAAACCAAGACAAUCAAUAUAUUAUAUAUGCUUUUAUUAAGCAAUCGUUUGCAAGGAAUUACACAAUUCAAUUUUUUUUCCACAAUUUUAACUUUUGCUGGAACAUUGCUGCAGUAACGCUACUUGAGAUAAAGAUUUCAAGAUGUAAGUUAAAUUUAAAAUUUACAUUUUUAAUAGCACAUUUUCAUUUUUUUCUUGCUCUCUUUAUGCUUAAACUGUAGCACCAGCAGCAAAAUAUGAUGUAUUUGAUAAAUGUUUUGACAUGGUCAGUAUGAGAGAGUGUGUGCAAUAUAUUAUUUUUAUUAUUAUGCAUAUUUUAGAAAUGCUUGUGUUUAACUACUUUAUAAUCAUAAUUGUGUAUCCUGUUCGCCAUUCAUUGCCUUUGGAAAUAAACCAUUUUACUCA